CUGUCUCCUCCUCCACCCCGGAGCUUUACCGCCCCCUGUCAGACUUAGCCCGCCUCGCGGCCUGAGGCCUCUGCCUCCUCCUUUCCCUGGAGCUAUACCACCUCCCUGCCCUCCUCUCUGUCUCCUCCCUGCCCUCCUGUCAGUUCCAGCCCUCCUCUGUCUCCUCCCCCCCAUGCUCUUCCGUGAAAUGUCAUGCCAUUGCCAGUGGCUUGUGUGCGAGACAAGACUUCACCCGUGGACAUUUCCUGACAAUCUGCACUGCCAGAGUCUGCUGGUGAAGAUACAGGUCCACGUGGUGUCCCCUAACCUGUCCUGUUUUACUUGUACAUCUAAUAAUUCCUUACCUGUUCUGUCUUUCCAGUGGCCUCAACCUGUCCUGUCCCUCUUGUGCAUUUAUAUUCUAACUGGUCUGUUCUACCAAUACAUCUAAUAGUCCUUAACCUGUUCUACUUGUGCACCUAGUAGCCCUUUACCCUUCUGCAUAUCUAGUAGCCCCUAACUUGUGCCCCCUCUGCAUCUAGAAGCCCCUCACCUGUGCUACUUGAGCAUCUCUUACCCCCUAACCAGUUAUGUUCUACUAAUGCAGAAAACAUCUCCUAACCUGUGUUACCUGUGCAUCUAGUAGCCUGUCCUGUCAUUUCAGUAGCUAACCAGUCCUGUUCUACCAGUGUAUCUAGUUACCCUUUACCUGUCCUGUCUGUGCAUCUAGUAGCCCUUUACCUGUCCUGUCUGUGCAUCUAGUAGCCCUUUACCUGUCCUGUCUGUGCAUCUAGUAGCUCUUUACCUGUUCUGUCUGUGCAUCUAGUAGCCCUUUACCUGUCCUGUCUGUGCAUCUAGUAGCCCUUUACCUGUCCUGUCUGGGCAUCUAGUAGUCCUUUACCUGUCCUGUCUGUGCAUCUAGUAGUCCUUUACCUGUCCUCUCUGUGCAUCUAGUAGCCCUUUACCUGUCCUGUCUGUGCAUCUAGUAGCCCUUUACCUGUCCUGUCUGUGCAUCUAGUAGCCCUUUACCUGUCCUGUCUGUGCAUCUAGUAACCCUUUACCUGUCCUGUCUGUGCAUAUAGUAGCCCUUUACCUGUCCUGUCCGUGCAUCUAGUAGCCCUUUACCUGUCCUGUCUGUGCAUCUAGUAGUCCUUUACCUGUCCUGUCUGUGCAUCUAGUAGCCCUUUACCUGUCCUGUCUGUGCAUCUAGUAGCCCUUUACCUGUCCUGUCUGUGCAUCUGGUAGUCCUUUACCUGUCCUGUCUGUGUAUCUAGUAGCCCUUUACCUGUCCUGUCUGUGCAUCUAGUAGUCCCUAACCUGUUAUACAUGUGCGCCCCUUACCCCCAACCAGUCCUGUUUUACCUGUGCAUCUCUUACCCCUAGCCUGUCCUUUUAUAUAUGCACUUACUUACUACUUGUGCAACUAUUAGCCCCUAACCUGUCCUACCUAUGCAUUAGGUCAUAACCUGUCCUCUGUCCCACUCCCUAUGCCCCUUAACCUGUGCCCUAAGCUAAAACCUGCGCGUUGCCACAUGUACCCCAUGUAAUGCCAUUGUGUGGCUAGUCCACCCUCUUACCAUUUGACUUUGCAAAUAAGAAGCUGUGCCCCCCUACUCCUUGCCCCUCCCUACUGCUCUUGCCUGUUCUGCUACUUACCUACUGAUACUGAGGCCUGCUGCUCUUGCCACUAGAGUGCACAGUUCUGCUACUUACCUACUGAUACUGCUACUUACCUACUGAUACUGAGGCCUGCUGCUCUUGCCACUAGAGUGCACAGUUCUGCUACUUACCUACUGAUACUGCUACUUACCUACUGAUACUGAGGCCUGCUGCUCUUGCCACUAGAGUGCACAGUUCUGCUACUUACCUACUGAUACUGCUACUUACCUACUGAUACUGAGGCCUGCUGCUCUUGCCACUAGAGUGCUCAGUUCUGCUACUUACCUACUGAUACUGCUACUUACCUACUGAUACUGAGGCCUGCUGCUCUUGCCACUAGAGUGCACAGUUCUGCUACUUACCUACUGAUACUGCUACUUACCUACUGAUACUGAGGCCUGCUGCUCUUGCCACUAGAGUGCACAGUUCUGCUACUUACCUACUGAUACUGCUACUUACCUACUGAUACUGAGGCCUGCUGCUCUUGCCACUAGAGUGCACAGUUCUGCUACUUACCUACUGAUACUGCUACUUACCUACUGAUACUGAGGCCUGCUGCACUCACUUGCCCCCUCUCUUCCUAUCUUGCUUUAGCCCCUUUUCAUUUCUUUCCUCCUGGAUAUAUUUUUCCUGCACGUUGCGCUGGGCAGGACACGCCAUGGACUAUUGGUGGAUAUUGUGCAUUAUCAUGCUGCUGGUCGUACCCCUCGUUUUUUUGGAACUAAGCGACAGCUUCAAAUUUCACUUCAAAAUUGUGUCCUACUGCGUCCUAUGCACCGUCCUGUCUUCAUUGGCAGCUCCGGUUUGUCUGCUUAAAAGCCGUGGCAGAAAUGUUGAAAAUAUGAGGGUAAUUAGCGCUUUCGUGCGGACGAUUAAGUACUUUUAUGGAUUGCGGUUUGAAGUGAAGGGUAUGGAGAAUUUUCAGAUUGAGGGUCCAUGUGUCAUCAUCUCGAACCACCAGAGCAUCUUAGACAUGAUGGGGUUGAUGGAGAUUUUGCCAGAUCGUUGUGUGCAGAUCGCAAAGAAGGAAUUGCUGUUUGCUGGUCCUGUUGGUCUCAUCACCUAUCUCGGAGGGGUAAUUUACAUCAACAGAAAACGUACAAGUGAUGCUAAGUCUGUAAUGGCCGGUGUUGCACAAGCCAUGAUCAAUGACAAUUUAAAAGUCUGGAUAUAUCCUGAAGGAACCCGCAAUAACAGUGGUGACCUCCUGCCGUUCAAGAAAGGUGCUUUCCACCUUGCACUACAAGCCAAGGUUCCGAUAAUUCCGGUUGUUUAUUCGUCCUUUACCAGCUUUUAUAAUAAAGAGAAGAAUCUGUUCACAGGAGGUAGGAUCAAAGUUGAAAUCCUUCCAAAAAUCGAAAUAUCCGACUUGCAAGAUAGUGACAUCACUGAAUUGGUAGAAAGCUGCCAUAAGACCAUGCGGGAGGUCUUUUUCAGGAUCUCAAACAUAUCCCCCCAGGAGAAUGGGCCGAGCACCUGUAAUCAUUAGACCUCUUCCCUUACAGUGUUGUGGACCUAACUUAUUAGGCACCAUAGAACAACAGAGCUGUAUAUUGCGUUUCCUUUGAGCAAUGGACUUUGUUCUUUAAAAAAAAGACUUUACCAAUCAAAUUGCCAGAUAUUAUUGUCUUCUGGGCCAAUGGUUCUUAUUGUAUUUGCAGCCAUUACAUUAUUAAUACUGAAUGCACUGGGUAACAAUUUAUUUAUUUUACAGUCCUUAGGUUAUAAUAAAAAAUGUCUGUUCUUAAUCAUUACUACGGUAUAUGUUUUGGUUUCGCAAAAAAUAUCCAAUGUUGUUAUUUUUGUAAAAAAAAUAGUAUAUAUUAAAAAGUUAACUCCCAUAUUUUUUUUAAAAAAAAGAUGUUUUUAAAAAUAUAUUUUAAAUUACUGUAAAACCAGCUGUGAGAUAUUACAGUAUAUUUUUUGUUCUGUGUAUAUUAGAACGUAUUUCCAGUAUGAUUAUUGGUGGAACUCAUUGUGAUUUUGAAAAUAUUUGCAAUUUUUUUGUACUUUAAAAUAUAAAUCAGAGAAUAGAAAGAUAAAGUGAUCUUAUAUUAUUAUGUUUAAAGUAACAUAUCGUUAGUAUAUACACGUAUUUUAUUUUGUGUUUAUUAAGAAAGGAAUUUUGUAGUAAACUGGCCAACUGACCAAUGCGGUGUGAGAUAGAUCAGCAAUUUUAAAAUGUUAGUAUGUUGUAUUAAUCUAUCUAUAUAUCUAUCUAUUGAUAUAGAUAAACGGAUACAAAGUGCCAAAUUAUACAAGUGAAACCCUCUGUCAGAUAAAAACACGUUUACCCUUUAUGUAUAUAUUUGAUACCUAAGACAAUAUAGAUAUUGAAUUUCAUGUUUCCACAUUGGUGAAGGUGUCUGACCUGAUUUUUGUCAGUAAAUAUCCUUUUUAUAUUAUAUUUUGUUGUAUUUAGAAUUGUUAUGGUAUAUUUUUGCUAAGUGUUAUAAAACUAUAAUACUUAUUGAACAGAAUCUGAAAAAAGAUCCAUUAUAUGUGUUCUGUAUGAAGAUCAGAUACUGAUAACACCAAAAUGUGCGUAGCUACGUGUAAUUUGCUAUGUCACAUAUUCUAUAUAUACUGUCAUCUCUGUGUAUUAAUAUGAUUGGGGAUUAACACUGCUUUUUUCAUACAUAUUCAGAGGCCAAUGUGAGUUGGAGUGGUUACUAAUAUAUUCUUAUCCUUAAUGGUAUAUCAUCCCAAGUGUAUAAUAUCUGGUAUUGUUUAACAGUCUUAUCUUAACCUGCCCUAGCAACAUGCUAAUAUACUCGUUGCCGUGCAGUAAUUCCGAUUUCUGAAUGAGAGCUGCCGUCUAGCGUUACUGGGGCAGACAUAAAGUACAUUGUUUUCUGUGUGACAUUAAAAAAAUUGUUUAUGGCAAACUCAAUAAUGAGUUGAUUUCCAAUUAAAUGACAUUUAAAAAUGGAAUUUAUUUUGUACACUGUGGUUAAAAUAUUUUAUAAGGUGUGUCAAAGUGAAUUUUCCACAUAUAGAAAUGUAUUAGUCCUUUGUAUAGCUACAUUUAUUAAGAUUUGAUUAAUUUAUCUGCAGUUGUGUAAAGAGAUAUGAAACCCAGUUUUUUUUCUUUCAUUAUUCGCAUAGAGCUUUUUCCCAUUUAUUUAUCUAAAUUUUGUUCUCUUUGUAUCCUUUGUGGAAAAAUAUACCUAGGUAGGCUCUGAAGCUGCUGAUUGGUGACUGCACAAAUAUGUAUCUUGUCAUUGUAGUGCAUUACUGUUCGUUCAACAAAGGAUACCAAGAGACUUUUAAGUCUGUCUGCUCAUACGUUACCUAUGAAAGCAAUAUACAGUGUUCACUGCUUGUAAACAUGAAUUACUUGUACAGAUUACAGGUAAAAUACUCCAUUGACAAACUGAUAUAAUAUAGAAUAUUGUUUUGAUAUAAAUCAGUUUGCUUGAGAUAAACUUCCCAAAUUCACAUGCUGAAUUUUAUCAAACAUACAGGUUAAUCACAGUCUAUUAGAGCCCAUAAUAUUCAGUUUAUGUCAUUUGUUCUUAUGUUUUCUGGUGAAUUGUGUUAAAAUAGAAAUACUGUUUGAUUUGCUGCUUAAUAUGACUACACAAACAUCUGAUGCUAUAUUAAUAUUCAUUGUCUAACUCAUAUAAAUCAGACCCAUAUCGGUUUAUAUAAGGACUGCUAUUUGUGUCAAAUGUCUUCUUUUCAUUCUGAGAACAAUUAGGGCUCAGUUCAUUACAUAUUUCUCUAUAUAAUAAAUUCUACAGACACUAUAAAUGUUCAUAUGGUUUGCUGACCUGUCUAGUUACCUGUUCAGUUAUCUCAGCAGUAUUGCCACAGUACUUUAGGGACACAAAUAUCUUUGGAGGUGACCAAGUCUAGAUAGCUCCACCGUUAGCUAAUCUUACAAGAUAAAACACAUUAUUACACAUUUGUAAGGAACAUCUCAUGACACUGGUGCUAGAAAGUUAUAGCAUCUAUACAAUUUGUAUUUGUAAGUGGUCUGCAAAAUGAUACAUGAAGGAAUUAUAUUAUAGUGUAAUACAUUGUAGACCAUCAAUAUAUCACCAUCAGAACAAAACGGAGCAACAUUUAAGUGCUGCAUUUGCACCAGUAACUUUUGAAAUGUGACUUGUUACUUUCAGUAUCUGUGUGUGCUGUAUUUCAAAUAAGUGUUUCCGCUUUUUAGUAUUGAAUUUUAAUAUGCAACUAGACAGGAGAUUCUGUGUCCCGUAACAAAAGCCAAAGACAAUGAAUUACUACCAAAAUAUUGAUAGCACUUUAAUGUUAGAAGAGACAUUCUCAGCUGGGCUAUGCAAGUCUAUAUAUGUUCAUUUAUGGUGGUCUGUUCCAUAUGACUGUGUAUAAUUGCUUAUUUCUAUAGUUGAUAUAUCGAUGAUAUAUUUCAAUAGGUUUAUUUGAAAGUAAAGAAAGUGCCUUAAAUAUAAUAGAUAUGUGUUUUAUGUUUAAUAUACUCAUAUCUUUCCUCUUCACGUUUGCAGUUUAACUAAUUUUGUUGCCAAAAAUGAUUUAUAGUUCUAACGGUCUGUAUUCUUUGUUUUGUUUUCGAAAUCAGAAAAUGUUCAUUCCAGCGCAUUCAAUUUGUUUGUCAGUUUGUAAUUUAAAAGUAAAACAAUUAAAACAAAUUCUUUACUUUAAAA